AGCUAUGCGAAUUUAGUUUUAUUUAUUUAUCGACUGAGAUGUCGAUAUUUUGAUAAAAAUAUAAAUAAAUAUAGCGCAUCCUUAUUCCUAAUUUAAACGUCAGUCAGAAAUAAAAUUUAUCCAAUUAAAAAUUUAUUAUUAAAUGUUUCAAAAUGAAAAAAUUGUUUAAUACAUUUCUUUGAUACUAUUUUAUUGUUCAUACAUGUUGUAUUUAUAUAUAUACAUAUAAAUUCUUUUUAUUUUAUCUAGCUAUAGCUUCUAAGCAAAUGCCAUGAAGGAGGCACAAUCAGAUUUAUGUUCACGCUAUCUAAGGAUUUUUAUCGUAGUUUCGUGUUAUUGGAUUGUAUCAAUUGCAACAGUCUUCGUUAAUAAAACAUUACUGAGUGGUCAGUCUGUGUCACUAGAGGCACCAUUGUUUAUCACAUGGUUCCAGUGUAUAGUAUCAUUUACAAUAUGUUACACCCUGAGCAACACUGGUGGUAUUCCUGGACUGUUUAACUUUCCCAAAGGCACACCAUGGAAUAUAGAUGUAGUAAGAAAGGUGAUACCACUAUCAUUGAUGUUCACACUGAUGAUAGCAACUAACAACUUGUGUCUUAAGUAUGUAGGUGUCUCCUUCUAUUACAUAGGUAGAUCACUCACCACAGUUUUCAAUGUGCUAUUUAGUUGGAUAUUACUUAGACAAGCCACCUCUUUAAGAUGCAUCCUUUGCUGUGCAUUUAUUAUGUUUGGAUUUUACCUAGGCGUGGACCAAGAAAGUUUAUUAGGUUCAUUUUCUCUUAUUGGAACAAUAUAUGGAGUUGUAGGAUCUCUCAUGUUAUCACUUUAUUCAAUCUACACCAAGAAAGUACUUCCAAGUGUCAACCAAGAGGUGUGGUUAUUAUCGUACUAUAACAAUGCCUACUCUAUUUUUCUUUUCUUACCUCUCAUUGUUAUGAAUGGAGAGCUGGACAUUUUAUGGAAUUACAAGAACUUUAAUAGUGUAUAUUUUUGGAUACAAAUGGUGAUAGGCGGACUAUGUGGUUUCGCUAUUGGUUAUGUAACAUCUUUGCAAAUAAAGGUGACGUCUCCAUUAACCCACAAUAUAUCAGGGACAGCAAAAGCCUGUGCUCAAACAGUAAUAGCCACACAGUGGUACAGUGAAACUAAAAAUGAUCUUUGGUGGUCUUCAAAUGUCAUAGUGCUGGCCAGCAGUGCACUGUACGCUAGAUUUAAACAGAUAGAAAUGGAGGUCAACUCUAGGAAGCCAGUGCCGGAAGAGAAGAAAAGUUUAGUAUGAUCAUGAUCGCUCAUAGAUAUAGGAACGUAAUUGCAUUUGUAAAUAUAUUUUUUUAUUUAACUGCCAAAGAAAGGCGAUUGUUUGUCUGUAAAUAUGAAAGGAAAUGUGUUAUCAAUAAUAUUUCUAAUAUUCUAAAUUAGA